AUGCACAAGAAAACACCUAACCCAGUGGAACUCUGCUUCAUUCCUUCGUCUUCUUUGCGGUAUUUUUCAAACAUAACCGUAAGUGACAUGUUAAAUUAUCCAGGUUUUAAGGCACAGAAUACUUCGUCUACAGGUUUGAGGGGGAAAAGGUUAUAAUGCAGUGCAAGUCGAACAAUUUGGCCCAUCUCAUGCAAUCGCCGUUGAACGGGGCGGAAGGGCCGCCCAAGUCCUUUGCGAGGGUCAGUUUUUCAGAGCGACACCGUCCCACCUUGCAAACUUCCGCCUGCGAAGGGGAGUCUGCCUUUUUACCUGCAAACAAUGUGGGUGUCUGUAAGGCCUCUGUGGAUGGUUCAGGCGGCGAUAUCGACUGGCUGUACUGUUCUCCCCAAACUCCGGCUCCCAAGAUGCUGCGCCUCAAGGUCCGGGAUCUCAUUCAGCAGGAAAACUGUGAUAAUAACUUUCGAUACGCCGUUGAUCAGCCAUCAAAACUGGUCCGAAUUGAAUGUCUGAAACCCGGAUGUAGGUGCGUACUUAAACAGGAACCGGCAUUAGCCCUGAAAAUUGUAUGUAAUAUCACCCUGGUACGAGGAAUGUGGUCAAGUCGUGCUUCCUCUGGAUGCAACCACAGGGGUUUUGCUCCAUCCAUCACCGGUGAUCCCGGCCGCCCCCACCAGUCCGACGAAUCGGAGGCUCCAUUUCUUCGUAGCGUGAUAAAAAGUGGUGAUUCGCACCAACAAUCAUCUCGCGCUUGUCUGAGGUUGACACCCGAGGCCUCCUCUGGAUUGGCCAGCGAACAAAUCCCUCUCAUUCUUACCUCUUGUUUCCCAUUUUGGUUCGAGUUACUCAGCAAGGCGAACAUGGGUCCGGGAGAUUUUUGCCAGUCUCAUGGUCCUUCCUUGAACCUCUGGAAUUCAGCUAAGGCAGUCUGGAAGGCACGGCCCAGCCUCUUCCUUCUACUGAAACCCGCCAGGUGUUUCUUCUCAACUAACGCUGCCGGGGACUGCGAGAAGGAACUCAAACAGGAUGCCUCCGUUCCACUAAAUACGAGCAGUGCUUUUAAUCUUCAUCCCGGCACUGUGCUGAGGCCGAUUGAUUGUCGCAUCUGCCGGAUCGCGGUAGCACCUCAGGUAGCGUCAACCACCUUCUAUCCCUCUUUCGUGUCCAUGCUGCAGUGUGAAGUUGUCGGGGCACGGAGUCUGGCCAGGUACGCCUCCGCCACAAGUCUGCCCCCCAACGAUGCUCUCCAAGCCUUUGCCAGCGGACCUCGUUUUGUCUACCUCCCUCUGGAUGAUAACUCAGUCCUCUUCUCUCCGAUAGCCACCCAGCCGCCCAACACCCGCGAUGUAAACGCCUCCACGGCAACCUGGCCCUACACCGGUGCGCAUAGUAUUCUCAGUCUCCUGUCUCACUUCCAGUUGCCCAUUUCUGUACGUCCAUUGCUCAGCAAUAGCCUUGCAAACUGGCCCUCUUCUGCCUCUAACGCCGCCCCCCACAAUGAUUCUGGGGCUUGCCUAACUCUCUCCUCCUGUCAUCAUGGCGACCUUAUAUUCCUUGAGCCGAUUGCUGAUUGUGUGAAUCGCGUGAGCCAGACUACAGCUCCAUCUUCUUCGUCCUCUAGCCGCUUCUUUGUGGUGACCACGGAGAUGUUAUCCCAGCAUCGCUUCCUAGUCGCCAGUCCUACCUCAACCCAGGCCUACUCCCAACAACUGCGUGUGCAUGCCUCGCGGGUGGCUCAUUUUCUUGCAGCUCUACACCCAGCAUUCGGACUAAACUACCUCCUCAAAUAUCUGGAGGACGCGACUCACUGCUCUGCCGUGGGCCCCGUCCACUGCGCCCUCUCGGAGACGCUGGGCCCGCCAGGUGAAUCCGGAGGUGCUGCGGGAGCCUCGCAUAUGGCUGUCGGGAGCAUUGCCGCAGUGACGGCCCUGCAGAACAAUGAGGUGGCCCUCGACACCCACGCAGCCACCACACAGGACCAUUAUAAGUCCUCAAAGUCGCCAUCCCUGGAGAGCGACGAAGCUAGGAGUGUACGUCUGCAGGCUCAGCUCAAUGAGAUUGAUAUAAUCUAUCAGUACGUGCGAACCGGUCGAUUCCCGAAGUCCUAUGUGGGUCCGAACGAUUGCCAAAAAGGUGGCGGCGGCGGCGGCGGUGGUGGUGUUGACGGGCGUCUUUUCAGCAACUAUCCGCUACCAGAACCGCCCCCGCCACCACAUGCCCACAUUACUUCACAGCGGCGGAAUACUCGCGGCAGCUAUUCACAGAAUUCUUUCAGUAAAUGCACCCCUUCCUCCCUGCACGUCGAUCCGCCCACUCGAAGCGAUCUUCGAACUCUUCUUCCGCCUCCUCCUCCCCCGCCACCGCCGCCUCCUCUCCGGUUUUGCAAUAACACAGCCAGGGGUGACCUUCUUGACGCCAAGUGUGUCAACGGCUAUCCGCAUCUUGUCCCUCCACCCCGAGCCGCUAUCAGUAACAAUAGGCGGAAGCCGUCUAAGGGUAACGAUUACACUAUUCCCUACCUUGUUGCUCAGCUGGAGCAACGUCACACCGCCCUCCCCACUCCCCCGACUGGGCUCCGACCGGCUGGAGGAGACGGAAGCCAUCAUCGAGUGAGGUCGACUGACUUGAAGACUAGUGAUUCGCCCACUGAGUCGGGCUUCUUCCAACAGGAUGAGUCUUCGGCACUGAACCUCGCCCAACUUCGACGGCAAGCAGUUGGCUUAAGUCCGCGACGCUACGACCCCGUCAAUAGCCGGCCAGUCGGUGAGUAUAGUGAAGGUGGUAGUCCGGGUGUCGUUGUGCGCAACCAUCUGUCCGUCUCGCAGUCUGCAGAUUAUCAGAAAGGAGAUAUUCUCUCACUUCGUGUCGGUGCCAGCCCAUGCACGCGCCAACAAGCCUGUACACCGGUGACCUCACGUUACGUCUCCGCAAUGACGGCGGUUGUGACUCCGGAUGUCUGCUCCAGUUUCUACAGCAACAGGACAGAUCAGGGCAUUCUUUCCGCGGGUGUGCGGCGCCAAGAUGCCCCCUGCACUCCAUCAGCCUCUGCGCGUCUUCAUGUGUAUCCCUCUGUUGUCUGUCCCGACCCUGGCGAUUUGCGUCAGAUGUGUGCCGCUGCUACGGCCGCGGCCACAUCCUUCCGGACCAUAGAUCAGAUCUGUCCUCCUGUUCUUCCCAAGGGUCUGUCUAGAGCCACAGCGGUCACGAGUCAGCCAUACUGCCUGCUGAAUUCCAUGACUGAACGCGUCAACUCCUCUCCUGACACCGGCUUGGGAGGAGACAGCGGUCCAAACAGUGUGGCUCAACCCACUUCCGCCGGUCGCGAAAACCCCCUCAAGGCGGCCCUGCUCGAGGACCUCAGUUGCCAACCCCCCUCUCUCAGUAUGUCACGCGCCCUUAACAACUUCAGUUUCCUAAAACGGGUUGUGUGA